UGACAGUGGGGCCAGGCUGGGUUUCCACUUGUGGCCCUGGUUGGCUGUGGCAUGACAGUUGCUGGAGGGAGAUUCUGUCUGGCCAGGGAGAAGAGAGACAUUGAGGGGCAGUCAGCACCGCCCUGCUCGUGGGGUCAGGAGGCAGAGCCAGCAGGCCCAGGCCGUGUUACAGAGCAAGAAACAGGUUCCAAGAUUGCAACAACUUACCCAAGGCUCCCCAGGACUGUGAUAUUCUGACUCUCACCCUCCAGACAGAGUGCCUGCCCUCCGUCCUGCUGCAUGUUCCCCAGCAAUGGACACACCUCCACGUUGGCCACCUCUUGCUUUCGUCCCUAGCCAGCCAUGCUUGCCAGACUCUUGGGCCAACUUCUGUGCCUCCAUGUCCAGUUCAUCCACACAAUGCCAGAGUGACCUCCCUAAAGUAACUCUUGCUUUUGCCUACAAAAUGUAGUCCAAACUCCUCAUGCUGUCAUCAAGGCCUUUCCUUCCAAGACCUUUCCAACUUUACAUCUUCACCCUCGUCUCGCCCUACCAUAUGCCAUGGUCCUGCCCUGUCUUUUCCCUCUUUCUAGAACCCUCCUGGCCAUUCAACCCUGCCAGAUGUCCCUCCUCACCUCUGGGGAACAGCACAGGUGUGGGGCACCUGUGGGCACUGCAUGACCAGCUCGGCGGGUUGGCCUGCCCUGAAGCCUGCCCUCUCCUGCAGCCACAUCUGUGCCAGUGAGGCCUUCCUGAAGGAAUGGCAAUGGCCCCAGAAUCUCAGCACCUGUGUGCCAGGAGGCUGGUGACCACCCAGGGUCUGAUGACAAUGAAGCUGAGCCCGUUGUGCUGGCCCCUGUCCUGCCUCCUUGUGCUGCUGCUCUGGCCUCUGGCCACUCCAACAUCAAUGUCCCCUUGGCAGUGCCCACCCGGAGAGGAGCCCAACCUGGACCCGGGGCAGAGCACAUUAUGCAGGUCCUGCCCCCUGGGCACCUUCUCAGCCUCAUGGGGCUCCAGCCCGUGCCAGCCCCAUACCCGCUGCAGCCUUCAAAGGAGGCUGGAGGCCCAGGUGGGCACAGCGACUCAAGAUACAUUAUGUGGAGGAUGUCAGUCUGGGUGGUUUGGCCCUUUGGAGGUACCCCAUGUUCCAUGUCAGCUGUGUUCCUGGGCACCUCUGGGUACUCAUGGCUGUGACACGUGGGGGCGGCGGGCCCGACGUGGCGUGGAGGUGGCAGCAGGGGCCAGCGGCCGUGGGGAGACGCGGCAGCUUGGGAACGGCACGCGGGCGGGCGGCCCUGAGGAGACGGCUGCGCAGUACGCGGUUAUUGCCAUCGUGCCCGUCUUCUGCCUCAUGGGGCUGCUGGGCAUCCUGGUGUGUAACCUGCUCAAGCGGAAGGGCUACCACUGCACGGCCCACAAGGAGGUCGGGCCUGGCCCUGGAGGUGGAGGCAGCGGGAUCAACCCCGCCUACCGGGCUGAUGACGCCAACGAGGAUACCAUAGGGGUCCUGGUGCGUCUGAUCACAGAGAAGAAAGAGAACGCGGCGGCCCUGGAGGAGCUGCUGAAAGAGUAUCACAGCAAACAGCUGGUGCAGACAAACUACCGGCCUGUGCCCAGGCUGCCACCGGCCCCCUCAAGAAUGCCACACAUCUGCCCACAUGGCCACCACCUCCACACUGUGCAGGGCCUGGCCUCACUCUCUGGCUCCUGCUGCUCCCGCUGUAGCCAGAAGAAGUGGCCUGAGGUUCUGCUGUCCCCUGAGGCUGCAGCUGCCACCACUCCUACUCCCAGCCUCCUCCCCAACUCGGCCAGGGCUCCCAAGGCAGGACGCCAGGGCGAGAUCACCAUCUUGUCUGUGGGCAGGUUCCGUGUGGCUCGAAUUCCCGAGCAGCGGGCAAGUUCAGCAGCAUCUGAGGUGAGGACCAUCACAGAGGCCACACCUUCAGGGAGUGAUCCCCCCAACUUCCCACAACCUGGCCUCCCCCCUGAGCAGCGGGCACUGCUGGGAAGUGGUGGAAGCCAUACGAAGUGGCUGAAGCCCCCAGCAGAGAACAAGGCUGAGGAGAACCGCUAUGUGGUCCGGUUAAGUGAGAGCAACCUGGUCAUCUGAGGGGCUGCCUAGUCUGAGGACACUGAAGCCUUCCCUAGGAGGUUGUGAAGGCUUCCUGGAAGAGGGAGAGCUGCAGCUGGGACUGUGAGGACCACGAAACAAUGGCCCAGCAGGCAAAACGACAAAGGCCAAGGCCUGGAGGUGGGAGCGUCCACCCCAGUGAGGAGGCAGGCAGGUCGGCGGGCAGUGUGUGCAGAAGCAGGUUGAGCCCCGUGCCUGUCCCUGCUGCCCCAGUUCCCCCCUGCAGGAUGGCCCUGUCCCCUGUGGCUGCCUGGGCCAGAUCCUAGGAGCCCACAGGACUCUGUACCACCAGAAGGCUGGGCUUGGCAGAGUGGAGGGGCCCACGCCUGGCUCCCCUGGCCCCACACCUUGGUAAUUAGCCCCCCCACCCUUACAGGGCCCUCCAGCAGAUGUGCCUCCCCCUCCUCUUCUGGUUCUGUAAAGAGAAGGGGCCAUAAAAAGCCCUGGGCUUGGAGGCUGAGUUCCUGGGUUCUAAGGCAUGUCCCUGGCCAUUGCCAGGUCCCAGUUUUUCUGACUGAUAUAGGGAGAAUGACGUCUUAGUACCCAGGGCCUCUCCAGCUCCUUGCAGACUCUGGGCUGGGUGGUAUGGGGCAAGAGCUUGACUCUGCCACCCCUCCCAUUAGUAGCUUUAUCUGGCCCUGUUUUGCUGCUUCCAGGGCCUCUGCCUUCAAGGCCCACAUGGACUGUCCAUCCAUGGCUCUGCCUAAGGGGCUUAAUGCAUGUGCCUGCCUCCCACUCUGCCGUUUUCAAUGAAAUUGGAAAAACAGACUUGACCUGGGCAGGACUGUAGUGCAAAGCCCAGCCUGCCCAGCCACCCUCAAGAUCUCAGGAGCCUGGGGGAGAGGAGCAUUGGGGAGCAGGCCUCCGUGUCCCUGUGGUGCCCAGCCCUUAUCUCCACUCUGGCUCAGCAACCUGGUUAUUUAUGUGGGGCCGUGCAGGCGCGGGCCCACUGCCUGUCCCCGUUUCUCUUAUUUAUUGAAACUUGCUGUUGUCCUGUCAUUGUGCCUCCAUCCCUGUCCACUUGUUGAAUAAUAAAACGUAGGAAAGUGGUGUCA